AUGGGUCGCGGACGCAGGCCCAAUCUCGCACUCGAGCCCACACGAGCACUGCAAACGCAGAGAGCAUUUCGUCAGCGCAAAGCUCAACACCUAGCCACGCUCGAAGAAAAGGUGCAACUGCUGAGCGAUGAAAAUGCCAAGCUGCGCAGCCUGCUUCACCUCGAAACACAGUCGGCUCACCCCCCCUCGCAUCUCGUUCAAAGCGCAUCCAAGACAAGCGCGUCUCCUCCCGCUCCAUCCGCAUCGCUAAAACGUCAGGCUGCAUCCUCGUCUUCGGACGAUUCCACCAGACAAGCAAGCAGAGACCCAUGUGAGUCAUGUCUCGGGCUCCAGCAGGCGAAUCGUCAAUUGGUAUUAGCAGCUACCCAGGUGGACGCGCAGGUGAUCGAAUUACAGCAUAGCGUCAAAACGUUGCGUAGCGUGUUGAUGCACCAUGGUAUACCGUUUCCCUCCACCACCGCCAUGACAGACUCGCAACAUCCAAUUACAGUAUCACCGCCAGCACCAACGCAUAGGUCAAAGCGCAUUUGCGCAAACGAUCAAGAGCUCCUCCCAAGUGGUAUUCAUAUGACCAACAGCUACUUUCACCCUUCCACAGGAGCACAACACUUUGUCGCGCCUUCGUCGAGACCUCCUCCGCCACCAUCAGCAACAGCGGGUAUGGCCAGCGCAAGCACGUGGCACACACCCAGCCCACAAGCGUUUCUUCCCGCUCCUACACCUCCGUCGGCCGGAUUCAGCCCUCGUGCGUCGUACAGUACAUACCACAGCCCCGACGACAGUCACGCUUCUGCCACUGCAGAGGAAGCAUAUUACCGACGCCCACCACCGCCGGCGGUGGCAAGAUACGCUUCCGGCACAAGCACCGAAGCUUUGACUCCUGGUAGUUCGAAAGCGCACCUGCCACCACCCUCACAUCGUGGCAUGUCGCCUGCUAGGCAACAUGCGCACGUUGCGUCGCACUGGUCCAAUGGCGUCGGUACGACAUCAUCCGCAUCGAAUUCCCCGGCUACCAUUGCCAGAUCGCAUGCGUUACCGUCCUCCACCUCGACGACUCCAUACCACUGUUCGCCAAAUUCGAGCGCUCUGUCGACACCAGCUGAUCAGGGCGGCUUUGCCCGAUCGAUAGGUAGGAGGCACGCCGAUGACUACGUGUCAGCUGGCGCGUCCUCGCCCGGCCAAUUGUAUGCGUACGCGUACGAUGCAGCGGGCAUCGGCAUAUCGUCGCCGCGCAUCCGCAUAGGCCAAUCGUCACGGGACAGGAAUAGCCCUCGAAGUACGGCCUACAGUGGUGCUCCCGCCAGCGCAAACACAAGUCAAGCGUGCAGGCCAAGCAGCACCACUCCGACAACAGCAACAGCGGACAAGAAGUCUUGCUGUCCUCCCAUCACCACCACCUCGAACUGCAACACCAUCACCGCCCAUUCAGACGCCUCUCCGUCACUCGGCUCCAAUUCCACCACCACCUCAUCUGUUGACACGGUCGCUUUACCGACAGCAACACAAGCAUCAGCAUCAGCAUCAGCCACUCAUCAGGCCGCAGACAAUUUGAAAUUGGACAGUCUCAAGCAAGACGAGUGUUGUUUCGGUCUGGUCAACUGCGAUGUUUUCUGA